GCUCCCAGGAGUCUGCGGGGCGGCGGGUUAGGAACCGCAAGGUCCCAGCUGCGGACGCUCGGGUGUGUUAGUGUCGGCGUCCGCACUUUUCCGGGUUGGACUCCGUUUCUCACAGGCCUUGGGGGGAUUCAUGAACUUCGGUCUCUGGUUCUUUUUCCGCUAGCCUUGGGGUCAUCGAUUUCCGUGCGCUCUGCAAGUUCUGAAGUGGAGAGCAUUGCUACUAACUUAAUGGCCCAUACAAGUUUCAAUGGGGAGCAUGUCGGUGGAGCUCCUCAUGCUGUCAUACCAGAAGUGGAAUUCCCUGAUCAAUUCUUUACAGUUCUAACCAUGGACCAUGAAUUGGUGACAUUCAGGGAUGUGGUCAUCAGCUUCUCUCAGGAGGAAUGGGAGUAUCUGGAUUCUGCUCAGAGGGACUUGUACUGGGACGUGAUGAUGGAAAAUUACAGCAACUUGGUCUCACUGGACUUGGAAUCCAAGUGUGACAAAAAGACUUUAUCUACAGAGAAGGACAUUAUUGAAAAAAAUGAUUCUCAGUGGGAAGUAAUAGAAAGUAGUAAAUUGGUUGGCCUUGAGAACUCCAUUGUCAGAAAUGAUUGGCAAAGCAAAAGGAAGACUGAAGUGCAAAGACCUGAAGUGGGAUAUUUCAGUCAAAUGAAAAUCAUCUCUGAAAAAAUACCCAAUUACAAAAAUCAUAAAUCUCUUACAUUACAUCAGAGAAUUCAUGAUAGUGAGAAGCCCUGUAAGGAAUAUGGGAAGGUCCUUAGUUGUGACUUAAACUUUGAUGAAUAUGAGAAAAUAUAUACUGAGAAAACCUCUGAAUGUAGUAGAUAUUGGAAAACCUUUGGAGUAGAUGACCCACAUACCCUACAACUGAAUAUUCAUACUGGUGUGAAACCUUGUAAAUGUAUGGAAUGUGGGAAUGCAUUUAGUUUUUGUGAAGACUAUAGUGUACACUGUGAUGAUCAGAACGGCUAUAAAUGUAAGCAAUAUGGAAGGACUUUUAGGAGAAUUGAAAAAAUCACUGCACUUCAAAGAAUUCAUGAUGGUGAGAAACCCUAUGAAUGCACUUCCUGUAGGAAAUCGUUUAGAGUGCAUGCACAACUUACUAGACAUCAGAAAAUCCAUACUGAUGAGAAACCUUACAAAUGUAUGGAAUGUGGCAAGGACUUUAGAUUUCAUUCACAACUAACUGAACAUCAGAGAAUUCAUACUGGUGAGAAGCCAUACAAAUGUAUACAAUGUGAGAAGGUCUUUAGAAUUCGUUCACAGCUUAUUGAACAUCAGAGAAUUCAUACUGGUGAGAAACCUUAUGCAUGUAAAGAAUGUGGGAAGACUUUUGGAGUCUGUCGAGAACUUGCUCGACAUCAGAGAAUUCAUAGUGGUAAGAAACCCUAUGAAUGCAAAGCAUGUGGAAAGGUCUUUAGAAACAGUUCAUCCCUGACUAGACAUCAGAGAAUUCAUACUGGUGAGAAACCAUAUAAAUGUAAGGAAUGUGGGAAAGCUUUUGGAGUAGGUAGUGAACUUACUCGACAUCAGAGAAUUCACAGUGGUCAGAAACCUUAUGAAUGUAAAGUGUGUGGAAAGUUCUUUAGACUUACUUCAGCCCUUAUUCAACAUCAGAGAAUUCAUAGUGGUGAGAAACCUUAUGAAUGUAAGGUAUGUGGGAAGGCCUUUAGACACAGUUCAGCCCUUACUGAACAUCAGAGAAUUCAUACUGGAGAGAAACCUUACGAAUGCAAGGCAUGUGGGAAGGCCUUUAGACAUAGUUCAUCCUUUACAAAACAUCAGAGAAUUCAUAAUAGUAGGAAACCCUAUGAAUGUAAGGAAUGUGGGAAUGCCUUUAGAGUGGGCAGGCAACUUACUUGACAUUGAACAAGUUGUACUGGUGAGAAGAUUUUUGAAUGAAAGACAUAUAUAAAGCCCAUUUGUUUCUGAGUUUCAUUGGAAAAAUAUGUGUAUUUAAGUAGAAGUUAUCGCAGAGAUUCUACCUCAAUUAAAUCUAUUUCCAGACUUUAUGGCCACUCUAGAACUAGAAUUAUUCAUUCAUAAGUGAGAUAUACUUUCAGCUUUGUUCAAUAUCACCAAAUAUUUCUCCUUUUUAUAUCAAUUAACAUUCUGAAUAUCCGUUUAUGUAAGAUGAUGCCUAUCAAUCCGUUUCUUAAAUGGGAAAUGUAUUUUCCUAAUUAUUAAUUAUUUGAGUUAUUUUCAUACGAGUUUUUUUUUUUUGCGGUACGCGGGCCUCUCACUGUUGUGGCCUCUCCUGUUGUGAAGCACAGGCUCCAGAUGCGCAGGCUCAGUGGCCAUGGCUCACGGGCCCAGCCGCUCCAUGGCAUGUGGGAUCCUCCCGGACCGGGGCACAAACCCGUGUCCCUUGCAUCAGCAGGCGGACUGUCAACCACUGCGCCACCAGGGAAGCCCUCAUAUGAGUUUCUUGUCCAGGGAUGUUUUGCUUACAGUUACUUUUGGUGUUUGUGUUUUUGGCUAUUUAUUGUUUUUGGCUUAGUGAUUUGUAAUAUUGCUCAAAUAUAUCUUUUGCAUUCUAAUUUUUUGCCUGUUUUAUAUGGCAUACUUAUCUUCUCCAGGGAGUUAGAACCCCCAGACACUAUGUGGUUUUAAAGUUUUGUGGUCCUGCAAGGUGUUUGUGUAGAUUUGUUUUGUUUUCUCUUGAUUUUGUUUUAAUGGUAGAUGUUUUAACUUCUCCAUUGUCAUCAAAUGUUUGAAUUCUUUCUGAAUUUCUAUUUUGUUUUGACACAACAGAUUUCCCUAAAUACCUUUUGCAACACAAUUCCUUUAAGGAGUCUUUUCACCUCUAGGCAGUACCAGUAGGCAUCCAAAUGAAAUGAGCAUUUAAAAUAUUUCAUAAAAUAUUCUAACCCAAUCUUACAUCUCUUAAAUUUGUUAGGCAGCUUUAAAAGUAGGAGAAAACCUACAGCUAUUGCAAUGAUUAUAAACUGGUCACUAAAAUCAAGAGGGUUUACAAUGCUGCUAUUUACCAUGGCUUCAAUUGGGUUUUGUAUCUAUUUAUAAUUUUCCUUUUUAUUCAGUUCAGGGUUGUCUUACUGUGUUUUGGCAGUUGGAAAAUCAGUAGACCUUUGAUUUUAGCAAUCUCCCCUGACUCAGGAAAAACGAAAAGACAACAACAAAAAAAUGAGACAGUUAAUAAGGUUGCAAAUCUUAGCUACUCAUCACCUCUUUCUUAUGACAGUUGACCUGGUUAUAUAAUCAAAGUGAUCAAAAGCCACUGGUUAUUGAUUUUUAUAAGAAAAUUUACCUGUUAUAUUUACAUACAUUUACAUCACUGUCAUUCAUUAGAUUUUAACUUUUGAGAUUGGUAUCUUGCCCAGUUUUGCAUGAUCAGCAAUAGUAAGUAAGGUUUUCUCAUUGGGUAUACUGAGCUAUGUUUUCUUUACAUAUUCCUUAUUAGUAAUUUACUUAAGUUAGCAGUUAUUAAAAGUAUGUAACAGAUAGAUCAUUCAUGUCCUACAGAGUAAAAGAAUGGGUCUCUGUUGUUACCCUUAUUAGGAUACUUGCUAUUUCAUAUCUUUGAAAUAGUUCAAUUGUAUUAUAAUUAUUAAUGUUAUUAAUAGCUCACUCUAUUUACUGAGCUGUCAUGUGACCACACUGCUGAUUUGCUCUUAUAUCCUACUCUACCUGGUUAUUCUGAGUUACCAUCAAUGCUGUUUAAUUUCCCUCUUCUUGCACAGUACUCCAGAGCUACUUGCCCUACUCUUCUUUGUGUGUUUUUAAUAUUUUUUGCUUGCUCGAACAAACUAAAACAAUGAGCUAUCCAAACCUUAUAUACGGACUUAAAAUUAAUGACAGAAAUAAAAUAACCAUGUGGCUUGACACUUAUUUUUUGAAUCAUUAAUGAAUAAAUGAAA